AUGACCGUCGAUACGAAGGGUAAAGAGGAGAAGGUUGUGGGAACUGAUGGGCCCGUUACUGCGAACGGAGCGUCCGCCAAUGGCCCGAAGAACGAUGCGAAGGCGGAGGCGAAGAAGGCAGCGAAGGCAGCGAAGGCCGCCAAACUAGAAGCGAAAUUGGCUGCCCAGGCUGCUGCUCAAGCCGCCGCCGCUGCGAGCGACGCUACUGGAAAAAAGAAGAAGGCGACGAAAGUGAAAGCGGAGCCCGUUCCCGAACCCGAGUUUGUGGACAACACACCCGAAGGCGAGAAGAAGGUGUUGCAGGGCGACAUUCCCACCGCGUAUAACCCGAUCGCUGUCGAAGCAGCAUGGUACGCAUGGUGGGAAAAGUCUGGAUUCUUCAAACCCCAGCUUGUCGACGGGGCACCAGCCCCCGAGGGCACAUUCACUAUCCCAAUCCCGCCACCGAACGUCACAGGCGCACUUCAUUUGGGACAUGCCCUGACCAACUCGAUCCAGGAUGCCCUUACCCGAUGGCACCGAAUGCAGGGUAAGACCACCCUGUUCGUACCGGGGUGCGAUCACGCCGGUAUCUCCACGCAGGUUGUGGUUGAGAAGCGGUUGGUCAAGGAGAGGGGAAUCACCCGGCAUGAUUUGGGACGGGAGAAGUUCUUGGAGGAGGUUUUCAAGUGGAAGGAGGCAUACGGCACCCGUAUCUACAGCCAAUUGAGGAAAGUUGGAAGUUCGAUGGACUGGGACCGUGUCAGGUUCACUAUGGACCCUAAUAUGGUAAAGGCUGUCAACGAGGCGUUCGUCCGGUUACAUGAGGAUGGUGUCAUCUACCGUGACAACCGUCUUGUCAACUGGGACACGAAGCUAAAGACUGCGCUUUCGAACCUGGAAGUAGACCAGAAAGAGUUGCCUGGCCGGACGCUGAUGACUGUUCCGGAUCACGACCCAAAGAAGAAAUACGAGUUUGGUGUCAUCAUCUCGUUCGCGUACCCGAUCGAGAACUCGACCGAGCAGAUCGUUGUCGCCACCACCCGUUUGGAAACGAUGCUGGGAGACACAGCGAUUGCCGUCCACCCCACCGACGAGCGCUACAAACACCUCCACGGAAAGUACGUAAUCCACCCAUUCCAAAACCGCCGCAUCCCCAUCGUCGCCGAUGAAUACGUUGACCCCGCAUUCGGAACCGGUGCCGUCAAAAUCACACCCGCCCACGACCCCAACGAUUACACUGUCGGAAAGCGUCAGAAGCUCGAGUUCAUCAACAUCUUCACGGAUGAGGGGCAGAUCAACGAGGCGGGAGCGCCGUUCACCGGGCUCAAACGCUUCGACGCUAGGGUUGCGGUCUUGGAGGAGCUGAAGAAGAAAGGAUUGUACAUCGAGACGAAAGACAACAAGAUGGUUCUGCCCAUCUCCGAGCGUACGGGCAACAUCGUUGAGCCGAUGCUGAAACCGCAAUGGUGGGUUAACUGCAAGGAUAUGGCGGGAGAGGCUAUGAAGGUCGUGAGGACUGGAGAGCUGCAGAUUCUUCCGCAAACGUCCGAGAAGGAGUGGUUCAGAUGGUUGGAGAACAUUGAGGACUGGUGUAUCUCGCGACAACUGUGGUGGGGCCACCGUAUCCCUGCAUACUUCAUCAAGAUUCAGAACCAAGAGAACGACCGUAUCGAUGGGAAGUACUGGGUGUCUGGCCGCAACGAGAAAGAGGCCCGGCAGAAGGCUCUGGAGAAGUUCCCCGAUGUCAAACCUGCCGAUAUUGUCUUGGAGCAAGACGAGGAUGUCCUCGACACAUGGUUCUCGUCGGGGCUUUGGCCAUUUUCUAUUAUGGGCUGGCCGGAGAAAACACAAGAUCUCAAGCUCUUUUACCCCCACAACCUGCUCGAAACUGGAAAGGAUAUACUGUUCUUCUGGGUUGCUAGGAUGGUGAUGUUGGGAAUAAAGCUGACGGGCACCGUUCCGUUCAAGCAGGUCUUCUGCCAUUCCAUGGUCCGUGACGCACACGGUCGCAAGAUGAGUAAGAGUUUAGGCAACGUCAUCGACCCCAUCGACGUCAUCUAUGGCAUCUCCCUAGAAGAGCUCCACAAACGGCUCGAGGACGGAAACCUCGACCCCCGCGAAGUCGAAAAAGCCAAAGAUGGCCAGUCCCGCGAUUUCCCAGCCGGUAUCCCCCAAUGCGGAACCGACGCGAUGCGGUUCGCCCUCCUCGCCUACACGUCCGGAGCAUCGGACAUUAACCUCGACAUUAGCCGUGUUGAGGGAUACCGCAAGUGGUGCAACAAGCUCUGGAACGCCACCCGGUUUGCCUUGAUGAAGCUGGGUGCUGACUACAAGCCCCGCAAGGACGUUGCUCUCACGGGCAAGGAGUCUUUGGCGGACAGGUGGAUCCUCGCAAAGCUCAACCAGUGCAUCCGCAAGACCAACGAGAACCUUGCCCAGUACAACUUCAUGCAAGCGACCAACGCGCUGUACCAGUUCUGGCUCUACGAGCUCUGCGACGUCUACCUGGAAACUACGAAACCCAUCAUCGACGGCGCCGACGCUGCCGCCAGCGACUCUGCGAAGGAUGUGCUUUACAUCUGUCUUGAGGCUGGUCUCAAGCUGCUUCACCCGUUCAUGCCAUUUGUCACUGAGGAGCUGUACCAGCGUUUGCCGAGACGGCCGGAUGACAAGGUGCCGAGUAUCAUGAUUACGCGAUACCCUGAGGCUCUGGCUGAGUGGGACAAUGCGAAGAGCGAGGCGGACUGGGAUCUUGUGAAUCAUGUUGUGCAUGCUGCUCGUAGUUUGUUGACGGACUAUAUCAUCAAGGAUGCUACUGUUUUGUUGACCGCAUCGACAUACGAGACACGCCAACUGUUAGAGUCACAAAUCCCCAUCGUCAAGUCCAUGCUGAAGGGCUGUGGCGCGUUCAAGGUCCUGGGAGCCAACGAGACUGUGCCCGCCGGAUGCGCCAUCAAUAACGUUUCCGAAGAAGUCAACGUCUACCUCCUCGUCAAGGGCUUCGUGGACUUUGACGCGGAAUUGCUCAAAAUCGCCUCAAAAGUCGACAAAGUCCGAGACAACCUCGCCUCAUGGAUCAAAAAGACGACAGUGGAUGGGUACGAGGAGCGCGUCAGGCAGGAGAUCAAGGACUCGAAUGAUGCAAAGAUUAAAGGGCUGCAGGCGGAGAUUGCUGCGUUGGAGAAGGCGGCGGAUGAGUUUAGGAGGUUAAGGGAUGCUUGA